CUGCCCCCGCGCCCCGGCCGGGUAAGUGACGCCGCCGCCCCACGCGCCGCCCCCGCCGCCACCCCGCCCCCCCGGCCUCCGCCCCCCGCCCCUCCCCCGCCGCCCCAGCCCCCUCCUCCGGCCCCCGGCGCAGCUGGGCUCUGCGGAGACUUCGGCGACGCGGCCGCUGGGGUCCUCGGCGCUGCGGCCGUAGCCGCCGCCGGGAAGGGAUGGAGAGUCGGGGAGGGAGCUGCAGAGCCGCGUGCAGAGCUGGACCCCCUCCUCUGGUCCAUGGCCCCCGGGGUCAGGCCCUCCCUCGCGGGGCGCGCUCGCCCAGCCACGCCACCUCCCGGACCGAGGAGGACCGAGGCGGAGCGCGCCGCAGCCAGGGAGGUGGGGCCCGGCAGUGACCCCGCGGCAGGCGCGGUGCGGAGGGCGGGGUGGCAGCUCGGAGCCCGGCCCCAGCCUUCCCGCCUCUGGUCCAGCGGCCUCCGACGAGGACUCGCUCCCUGUCUCCUGCUCCCCCUCCUGUCCUGCUCCCCUCCUGGCGUCCCUCAGGCUGGCCCUAAGGUUGAGCACCUGCGCGCCGGGGGUCGCCUCCGAAGGCUGACCUUGCCAAAGCCCCCCCCGUCUGUGAGAGCUUUCCCAAAGGCUGAACCUUUCCUCAUCUUUUUGGCCCGGGGUUCGCUUUUUUCCCGGUAG